UACUUGAAAAAGUAGGCAAGAAAUAAUAAAAAAACUAUUGUAAACCAUCUCCAAUUCUAUUUUUUCUUUUUGGUAUCAGAGCGAGUGACGAUCUCUGUCUUGCUCAUUCCUUAUAUAUAUCAUGACCUUUUUAUCUCCCAAUGUGGGUAACUUUGUUACUCUGAAACUCACCUCUUCCAAUUAUCCUUUAUGGAGAGAACAAGUCUUAGGCUUAGCAGAAAGCCAAGAUCUGAUACAUCAUCUUGACACAACAACUCCCAUUCCACCACAAUAUCCCUCACCAAAUUCAGAAACCACAGACACAAGCAUUACUUCAUCAACACCAACAAAAGAAUUUGUUGCCUGGCAAAAAUCUGAUAGGCUUUUUAGAGGCUAGAUAAUUGGUACUCUUUCUGAAGAAGCACUCGGAUUAGUCAUUGGGUUAGGCACUGCGUCUGCAGUUUGGGACGCACUCAAAGAGGCAUAUGCCCAAGACUCUCAAGAACGUGAGUUCACACUUCGUUAACAACUCACUUAUCUGUGCAAAGAUGAAAAUAAAACCAUUACAAACCAUAUACAAACAUUCAAAUGUUUAUGCGAUAAUCUUGCGGCCAUUGGGAAACCCAUUUCAAAUCAAGAAAAGUUUUUUUGUCUACUUACCAGCCUUGGUCCACAGUAUGAAACUUUCACUACAACAAUGUUAAAACCUCCAAGACUAACAUAUUCGGAACUGAUCUCUCAAUUACAAAUCUGGAUCAUCGUCGGAACUGGUUCUCAAAUCAACCUGACAUUUCUCAUCUCUCUCCACACUUAGCCUUUUAUGGGCAACAUCAGAAAUCAAAUCGAUCCUUUAUAUCUCGCAAUCAAAUCAAUACCUUCACUUCAACUGGUCGUGGGUUUCAAGCCUAGUAAUCUCGUGGUCAGCUCAAAACUAAUUCUGAUACUGCUAAUCCUCAACAACGCAGGCCUCCACCACCUGGUGAACGAAGGAUGACUGCUGCAGAACGGGAUUUAUACAAGGAUGCUAUCUGUCAAUUUUGUGAUAAACAUGGACAUAUAACUAAGAUUUGCUGGUGGUUACCAAAGAAAACGAGUCAGAAUCAUGAACUACCACAAGCACUUGCAGCUCUUACACUGGAUAACUCGAUCGUUGACACAUAAUGGACAUCGGACACUGGCGCAUCAAACCACAUGACUGGACAUCAAGACGAGGAACACAAGUUAUCCACUCAUAACAGGAACACGGAAAGGUAACUUAUAUGUCUUGCCAAAUGUGCUAGAAGCACAUUUUUCUUACCGAUUCAAAUCAGGCAGUUCAGAAAUAUGGCACCAACAUUUGGGUCAUCCCCAAUCUUCUACAAUUCAACUGUUGAACAAUAAAGGCUUGAUUGAAAUUAUAGGCCCUUCUAAAAUGAAUCAUCUAUGUGAUAGUUGUCAAUUAGAGAAAUUGAGUAAACUUCCAUUUGGUUUAUCUACAUACACCAGUUCUAAUGCUUUUAAUAAGAUACAUUGUGAUCUCUGGGGUCCUGCUCCAGUUUUAUCUCUUAGCAAAUUUCGUUAUUAUGCUUGUUUAGUCGAUGAUUUCACUAAGUAUAUUUGGAUUGUUCCUUUACUUAAUAAAUCAGAUUUCUUUACUACUUUUCUGGCUUUUGAACAAUAUGUUGAGUGCCAAUUCAAUAAAAAAAUAAAAAAAUUUCAUUCUGAUGGUGGGGUGAAUUUAUUAAUUCACGCCUAUCAUCUCAUUUUCUUAACACAGGUAUUGUUCAUCAGAUUUCAUGCCCAUAUACUUCCGAACAAACAGGUAUGGUUGAGCGUCGACACCGUAUUAUAAGAGAAUUAGGUAUGACCAUAUUAUUUCAUAGUCAAGCACCUCUAUACCUCGGUUAGAAGCUUUUUCUACUACUGUUUUUCUUCUCAAUAGAUUACCAUCUUCUUCUCUUAAUUUUAAUACUCCAUAUUUUAUGUUGCAUGGUCAUCAUCCCGACUAUGCAUCUCUUCGAGUGUUUGGUUCAAAAUGUUUCCCAUACACAUGGGAUACAAAAUAUACCAAGUUUGAUCCUAAGACUAUCUUAUGCAUUUUUGUAGGGUGCAGUGAAAAAGACAAAGGCUAUAAGUGUUUUCAUCCAUUUAGUCAAAAAUUUAUCAUUUCACGUCAUGUCGUCUUUGAUGAAAUUGUCUUUCAUUUUAAAUCCUCUACUCUUCUCCUUCAGGUUCUUAUGUGGAAACUGUUUUUGAUACUUAGCUGUCAUCUAGUAUUUUUGAAUCAAGUAUGCCCGCAUUGGAGUCCAGCUCUCUUUCUCUGUCGGACAUCCCCUUACCAACCACUUCGUCUACGCUUACUACAGAUGAUCAUUCACUACCCACUUCACCCACUAAUUCUAAACUGUCCCUACCUCCUCUGCAUCAUGAUGUCCUACCGUCAGGUGCGGAACUCUCCACUCUGGCUGUGUCCACCACACCUGAUGUUGUGUCUCUUACUACUAUACCUGCUCCAUCUUCACAAACCACUUCUCAACCCAUGACUACUCGCUCUCAGGUUUGUAUUGUCAAACCUGAUCCUAAAUAUGCUUUGACUGUAAUUCCUUUUCCCGCAAUUCCUCGUGAACCCAAUACAGUUCGAACAGCCUUGUCCCAUCCCGGAUGGAAAAAUGCCAUGCUUGAUGAACUCACUUCUCUUCGUCAAAAUCAAACUUGGAAACUCGUCCCUCGCACUUCCGAUAUGCAUGUCAUUGGCUCCAAAUGGUUCUUUAAAACAAAACUGAAACCAGAUGGUACCUUGGAUCGACUCAAAGCCCGUCUUGUUGCAAAAGGCUACCACUAGAUUAAUGGUCUUGACUACACAGAGACCUUCUCUCCCGUCAUUCGUCCAGGUACGAUUCGUUUAAUUCUAACCGUAGCUCUUGUAAAAGGGUGGCCUAUUCGUCAACUGGACGUCAAAAAUGCUUUCUUGCAUGGUCAUAUUGUUGAAGAUAUAUACAUGACCCAACCUUCAGGUGUGAUAGAUCCUCAGUUUCCAAAUCAUGUUUGUGAGUUGCAACGUGCUUUGUAUGGGCUUAAACAAGCACCUCAUGCUUGGUUUGAUAGACUUAGUAAUUUUUUACUUUCUUGUGGUUUUUUUUUUUGUAGUCUUGUUGAUCCCUCUCUUUUUAUACGUCACUCUGAUCAAGGUGUACUUGCCUUGCUUUUAUAUGUAGAUGACAUACUCCUCAUAGGGUCUUCCUCUAUACUUGUUAACUCUUUUAUUCACACUUUAAGUCAGGAAUUUUCCAUGAAAGAUCUUGGCCCUGUUCAUCAUUUUCUUGAUGUUGUUAUCUCCCUUACAUCUGGUGGUCUCCAUCUUUCUCAGUCUCACUAUGCUCUCACAAUUCUUGAACGGUCUCAUAUGGUGAAUUGCAAAUCCAUGUCUACACCAUUGGAUAUCAAACUUCAACCUUUUGUAUCGGCUCCUUCUCUUGCAGACCCCAGUUAUUAUCGAGGCAUUGUUGGAGCUCUUCAGUAUAUUACUCUUACGCGACCCGACCUUUCCUACCGUGUCAAUUAUGUCUCUCAGUUCAUGCAUGCCCCUACGACUGCUCACUUAAAAUUAAUCCAUCGCAUCCUUCAGUAUCUCAAAGGCACACUCUCCACCGGUUUACAUCUCACCUCCAAUACCUCGCUUACUUUAUCUGGUUUUUCUGAAGUCGACUGGGCUGCUUGUCCUACAACCCGACGCUCUACUACUGGCUACUGUAUUUUUCUUGGGUCCAAUCUCAUCUCUUGGUGCGCAAAAAAACAACAUACCAUCUCGCGUUCCAGCACUGAAGCUGAGUAUCGAGCUAUGUCUCACACCACUACUGAACUCACUUGGCUUUCCUAUCUUCUUAGUGACCUUCACAUUUAUGGUUCACCCUCUCCAACUCUCUACUGUGAUAACAUCAGUGCUCUUUAUCUCACUAUUAAUCCAGUUUUCCAUGUUCGUAGUAAACAUAUUGAAUUAGAUUACCAUUAUGUUUAUGAACGUGUUGCUCGUGGACUUCUUGUCACCAAGCAUAUUCCUUCGACUCAUCAUGUUGCUGAUCUGUUUAGCAAAUCUGUGCCAAAGGCCACCUUGGCUUGAUUUCUUCCCAAACUGUGCCUUCGUCCCCAGCUCAGUUUGCGGGAGGGUAUUGGCAACUCUGAUUCAAUUGAGUGAGCUUUGGGAGUCAUAAAGCAUAUUCCAUGAUUAAUGGAGAGAUAAGGCAGGAUAAUUCUCAUUCAAAAUUAUUCCCAUAUAAAGUCAAAGUAUAUGAUUGGUGUUCAAGAUUUCUAGGAGCAACAACUUCCUAUAUUUUUUGAUAGUUCAGUUGAUGGUUGAAACUACAAUCAAGCUGUAUCUUUGAUUUAUUUCUUUCCUUAACUUUUUGUGGUUAAUUUUACGUGAACAGUACAAGCCACAAUUGUAUUAUAUAUACUACUUUGUACUUGAAAAAAUAGGCAAGAAAUAAUAAAAAAAACUAUUGUAAACCA